UGUUGUGCCCUUUCCCCUAGUGCCGCUCGGCCGUUGGAAUCCGGCGCGCCAGGCCCGAGCCUGCGAGAGACGCGCCGCGCGCCGGCCUUGGGGCUCGCCUUCCACCGCCCCCCCUCCCCCCGCCGCCGUCCCUCUCUCCGUCCGGGGGGCUCGGCCUCCUCGCGGCGUACGCGGCUGUCGGCCAUGCUGCCCAACACCGGGAAGUUAGCAGGAUGUACUCUCUUCAUCACGGGUGCAAGCCGUGGCAUUGGCAAAGCAAUUGCUUUGAAGGCUGCAAAGGAUGGUGCAAACAUUGUGAUAGCUGCUAAGACAGGCGAACCUCAUCGCACUCUCCCAGGAACGAUCUACACUGCUGCAGAAGAGAUUGAAGCUGUUGGAGGAAAGGCUUUACCAUGCAUCGUCAAUGUGAGGGAAGAACAGCAAAUAGUUGACGCAGUGGAGAAAGCUGUAGAGAAAUUUGGAGGAAUAGACAUUUUGGUGAACAAUGCGAGUGCUAUCUCCUUGACUGGCACCUUGGAAACUCCUACAAAGAAAGUGGAUCUUAUGAUGAGUGCUAACGCACGAGGAACCUAUCUUGCGUCUAAAAUAUGCCUUCCUCACUUAAGAAAGAGUAACAUUGCUCAUAUCCUUAACAUUAGCCCACCACUUAACCUGAAUCCCAUAUGGUUCAAAAAUCAUUGUGCUUAUACCAUUUCUAAAUAUGGCAUGUCCAUGUGCGUGCUGGGGAUGGCAGAAGAAUUUAGAGGAGAAGUUGCAGUCAAUGCUUUAUGGCCUCAAACAGCUAUACAUACGUCUGCUAUGGAUAUGCUGGGAGGAGCCGGUGUGGAACAGCAAUGCAGAAAAACUGAUAUCCUUGCAGAUGCUGCAUAUUGCAUUUUAACAAAACCAAAAAGUUUCACAGGAAACUUUGUUAUUGAUGAAAAUCUGCUGAGAGAAGAAGGAAUUAAGAAUUUUGAUGUAUAUGCAGUUGCACCAGGUCAUCCAUUGCUACCAGACUUCUUUCUAGAUGUAGAUCCUAAUACUCUAGCUAUGAAAAUGGAAGCACAUGUGGAAAAAACCCAUCUUCUAGGUGCUUCACCAGUGUUCAGAGAGGGGAAGAAAAUAGAAUCAGCCAAGCAUGAAGGCCCCGAUGGAGCUGAGUCUGCUGCUGCUAAGCCUUUGGGACCUGUUGCAGAAACAUUUAAAAUUAUUCAGGGAGCAAUCAGUGAAGAUGUUGUAAGGUCUACCCAAGGUGUUUAUCUGUUUGAACUAUCUGGUGACGAAGGAGGGACUUGGUUCAUUGAUCUUAAGAACAAAGCUGGGAGCGCAGGAAUUGGAGAGCCACCUGUGAAAGUAGAUGUGGUUAUGAGCAUGUCUAGCAAUGACUUUGUGAAAAUGUUUUCAGGCAAACUAAAGCCAACCAUGGCCUUCAUGUCAGGAAAACUGAAAAUUAAAGGUAACAUGGCCUUAGCAAUGAAGUUGGAAAAAAUGAUGACUCAGUUCAGCUCCAAACUGUGACGGGAAGGCUUAUUGUUUGGAACAUUGUCCUUUAAUAAAAAUAUAACACUGUUUGUGGUUUAAAACACUAAUCCUUGCUUUUUUUGGAUGUAUUAUGAAAAAUAUGGAAUUGACCUGAUGAAAUGUGGAAUUGCUAGAGGAAGAAUAACUUGACAUUAUUCUAAUUAGGACAACAGAUCCAUCAUAUGGCAUCACAUUCCAGGUCUCUUCCUCCUCUCCACUGUGGUCUUGCACUCUUUGUGGGGCUGUAGGGUAUUUCCAUUUCUUCUUUAGGCUCCUCCUUGGCUUUGAGACUUCCUUGUCCCAAUCAUCAUUUUUCUAAUGAAGGAGGUUUAUAUUGGAUUUUCUUCAAGCUACUGAGUUGCACUGAGGAGCAGUAAAAUAAAGUGAAGGUGACCGCAGGUGUUUCUUUUCUUCGAGGGUUAUACACUCUCUGUCUCCUGUGCUGGAAGAGCUUCAGAGCUGUUGAGAGAUUGGAAUCAGUUUACCAUAAUAGGCUUGCGUGGCUAUAUGAUUAGUAGUCUAACAAUUUAAAAUUAUUUACUUUUCUUUUUCUUGUGCUCUCAACAUAAAAAUUUGAAUUGAUGUUUUGAGGUUUUGUGUACCUUUUUAUGUUUUAAAGAAAUUUUCUAUACUAAACCUUUUACUGUGGAAACUGAUUUCUGCUAAAGAGUUCUAAAACUUCUAAGCCAAACUCAGGAACUCUUGGUAAAAGUAUACUAAUAAAAAACAAACUAUAAGCCUUUGUGGCUAGGUGCCUAAAUAAUUCAAUCAAAUAGCAAUGUUUUUUACAGAGAAUAUUUUAAACAUAAUUGAUCUGUUGCUGGAAACUAUUCCUGCCAAGUUGUACUCAGAUUAAAUAAAUAAAGAGCAGUAUUUUCCAUCAGAGUGCAUGAGCAAACGAAUC